AUGUCACUCUCAGUACCUGCGACACCAGCAAUAGAAGAUUCUGACUUUCAAGACCCCGAAGCCCCACCACCACAUGAUGGGCCGUGUUCAACAACAGUGGCACCUAUUGCCUCAAGGAGCUUACUAGAUGCCCGCCCGGCGGAGGAAGACACAAGUGCAGAUGGGGUUGAAAUAUGCAUGGGGAGUGGUUCCCUAAAGGAAUCGGUGAGGACGUCCUCUAUCAAAUCAACACUUAGUUCAUCCUUUCAAGUGAAAUUAGAGAUGAAAAGUAAGAGCAAUCUGCUUCAAGAUCCUUCUACACAUCAUUUCGAUGAAGAGUUAUCUAAUGACCGCAAGUCUGGGAAAAACCCUGCCAUAGUUCCGCCGAAAUUAUCCAGAAAAGAGACGAAUUUGCAUUCCACUGCCAGAAGCUCACUUGAAGGAAUUACUAUGGAUCAAGAAGAGCUUGUAUCUCACUCACCUGUUCUCUCAAAACGAUUGUCAUCCAGAUGUUUGAAGGCUUUCAGGAAACUUCGGUCUCCGUCACUAUCCUCUCCGGAAUACCACAUAUUGAGUAACUGUGGUGAGAAUGACACCAAAAUCGGAGCCAUGAGUGCUUUUGAAGGUUCUUAUUUAAGCCCUACCAUUUCGUUACGAGCUCCUAUCGACCUAGGAAGUACUGAUAGCAAACACGUGCCACCAGAUGUAACAGAAGGCUUUGGUUAUCUUACAAAACCCCAAGAUUGCGAGAACAGGACCUCCAAAGUGCACUCAGAUGCUACUAUUAUCACUUCAAGCGGUUGUAACAGUUUACAACAGGAACCGAAAGAUAUAAUUCAAGAAAAUCAAUCUUCUUUGCCGAAGAUAGCAGAUUAUUCACCCGAACCGUCAUUAGAAAACAAAUCGAACAAUCAUAUAGAUGGAACUAUCUCGCCUAAGGCACCUUCUGAGAUUUUUGCGGAGACCGAAGAGCUCGGUGGCCAUGACACCCAAAACAAGGUCAUAGCAAAAGCAGAAGACAGUCAUAGCGAAAGGACUGAUACUCCCCAAUCUAAGAUUAAUAAAAUUUUGGGCUCCAGCUACCAAGAAAACCCACCAAAUCUCGAGAUAUUUGGUACGGAAUUCAUGCGUCAGGAAGUUGACACCUGUGCUGGGCUCGUGGGGCAAGAUGGAUGCCACGAUUUUUCAAAAAAUGAUUUAGAGGAGACCCCAAGAAAAUCACGGUUGACUACAUGGAAAGAGAAAGCUAAAAUUGAGAAUUGGCUGGGGAAAAACAAGAGUUUCUCGCGGCACCCGCCUGGGAAGACUAAGAUUCCCGAGAUAUCGAGACUCAAGAAGAGUCCAAGUUUGCUCUUCCGCCUCUGGGGUUCAGCCGUAGAUUCCGAUCCAGAAGGACAUCAACAGCACAACUACCCACAAGAAUCUACAUACAUAUUGAAGCAAAAUACCCCUCAUCCUCUAGAGGAAGUAAUAGCUGCAAGAAUGAGAAAAGGCCGAGAACAGGUACUACGCGAUGCCAGUCAAUUGAGGUUUAACGACAUUACCAACAAAAGGAAAAAGUCAGGUGGUUCGAAGAGAGCCUUGAGACAGAUAUUUAGAGAAAAUGAGGCUAAAGUUGAAGAUUCUCCAUUGACACCUCCAGACAGACCAUCUAACAUACCCCCGCAAAUACCAUCAAUCGGUUCAGAAAAACAAGGGGGAGUAAGUUGGAAUGGUUCUAUACAAGAGUUUUCAGGGUCACUGGGUCAAGUUUGCCCUAGUGGAAAAAGAUCUGUCAGCGACAUGUUUCGAAGCGGAGAAACAAAGCCACCUUCCUUAGAGCUCCAAGCAGAAUUUGGCGCAGAAAAUUCAUUUGAGAACUCAAGCCUAGCAGCAGAUUGGCAUAUCGCAAUGCGAGCGAUGGAGGAAAUCUCAGGUGCAGAGCUGAAGCUAAAACGCACUGGGGCUGUAAAGCAUAAGCGUAUAAAGAAAGGAGACAAGAGCUCUAAACAUGACGCAGAUUGCACGAAGGAUGGUAUUGGAAGGAGUUUUUCUCAUGAAGGGGGACUAUCAGUAGCGGACGAAAAGUCUACAAGUUUGGUUCAUGAUAUCAUGGGAGAAUCUCGAGAUUCUGACAGUGAUAAAAGUAGCAUGAGUCCAUUUACGAGUCGGGAGUCUCUUUACAAGUUUCUUGAAUUUUCUUGA